AUUAUAUGACAGAGAUAACAGUGGAAACAUUACUAGAGACGAGAUGGAUGAUAUUUUUCACAAAUUAUGCAUGAUAGCGGCGGGCCAACUCCUGAAGAUAUUAAGCGUAUGAGAGAAAGAAAGAAACGAGCUGGGAUCCAAGAGCAAUUAAGACAUAAAAUUGGUUUAAGCAAAAAAGCAAAAACACUCUCAGCCUUUUCUACACUAACAAAAAAUCAAGGACUAGCUGUCGAAGAUCAUUUGGAUAAAACAGCACCGGAAGACUCAAAAUUGAAACUCGGUGAAAAAGUUCAUCGUAAACAUGACAGGUUCUUUAAGGAUCCAAGGAGAGAAUGUACACAAUUCAAUGUGAGAAGAAGGGCUCUAGAUCUGUUUGAAGCACUUGAUGAUGAUAAUAGUGGAACAAUCGAUUCAGAUGAGUUUAUAGAAGGCUGUAUGAGAGACACAGAGUUCGUAGAAGUUCUGAACACAUUUGAUGGUAGUGCUAUAUUCGAUGUAAAAUAA